AUGUUUACCAACUUAAUUUUAGGCAAAAUCAACAAAUCCUCGGCCCUGUCCGAGCUAGUCUAUUCGUUGUCCAAUCUGCUGGUAUUCUACAACGAUCGGAUAAUUGAAAAAGCCAAUAAUCGAUUGGUGCCGGAAGCCGAAUCCGGUACACUGACCAGGCGGAUAAAAAUUCUGCUAACCACCCUAGAGUACUGUGAGGUGUUCAUAGAACUGUCGGUGCACAAGACUUGGGGAUCCCGGGCACGAUGGUUCGUCAUCGUAGUCGUACAGACAAUCAAAUGCAUUGGUCGAUUGAUUCUGACACUCUACUGUCAGAACAACAAAAUUGUAAAAAAUCCUCCCAUUCCGUCGUUGGACAGACGAAACUUGAACGAAUCGCUCCGAUCCGAGAUCCCGACUACGACUUCUAGCUUCUUGGAUCAAAACCAAACGGUUCUGUUAAAACGUUCCGGGCGAGCGCUGCGUAAAGUCGAUGGUGCCCCGCCUGCCAUCGCUCGCGAUUGGCAACCUUUGAAGCAUGAACCUGUGCUUUAUCCAUCGCAAUACGCCGGUAAAUUCAUCAAAACGGCAGAGCUCCUGUACAUUGUUAAACCCUUGGUGCAUUUGGCCUGUAUGAAGCGGUAUGGCAGCAUGAGCUGGAAGUCCUAUCUAGUUCCAAUGGCAAUCGAUGUGGCUAGUCUUCGGAUCUACUACAAGCAUCGGGAAGACCUAUCCAAAGACCAAAAACAGGAACUGUCCCGUCGAUGCGUCGGGAUGCUACUGUACCUGAUGCGGUCACCUUUUUACGAUCGGCACAGCAAGGAGAAAAUUGCUAGACUGUUGCAAGAAUACCUAGCUAAACAGAACGUUGUCCAGCCGAAUGAUAAAACACUCCGAACCGAAAAUCUACCACCGCAACAAUCGAACCAACAGCAGCAACAACGAGAAGAAACCCAACAGCAGAGCAGUCAACAGAAACGUACGAGAAUAGAAAACACCGCAUCACAUCAACGACCAUCAACCGAAGCUCCAAAGGCAACACAAAAUUUGGAGCUCGAAUCGCCCCCCAGGAAACGAAACCCCGCCUUGCCUCAGCCUCAGCCCUCAACUCAAGUACCUUCAACUCGUGAAGGUGCACAUGAUGGUGAGCUUAACACUGAUCCCAAUUCCAUCCCUCCAGGAGAAGCUCGAGCAACUCGAAGUCGAUCACGCAUCGACAUCAAACAGUGA